GCACGUCUUUUGUAUUUUUUUGUGUUUGCGCCAACCGCAUGUAUGCUGGCCGCGCGCCUUGCAUAUACUGCCAUCUGUUGACCUACAUACAUGCAUAUGUACGGCCGUGCGUACCAAUAGGCCAGCGCAACAAUUGCCCUAUCGCCCCAUGUCUGCCGGUCCCGUCUUGCAUCGCUCAUCCCACAAUUACCAUCAUCCAGCGUCAUAUCCACAUCCGCAUCCACCACCACAUCAUCACUCAUCGUUGCGUCAUCUGGGCGGCACGGCUGCCGCGUUGCAGCGCGAAAGAGAACGGGAGGCACGUUGCUUGGCCGCCGCCGCUGCGGCCAAUAUAAAGACGAGCGGCGCGCAACAGCAACAGCACCAGCUACAGAAACAGCAACAUUCACAGCAUGCAACCACAUCAUCAUCAUCGUCGUUGGCAACAAAUAAUCAAUCAAUCUGUAAAAUAUAUACCACGGGCGUUGAUAACAACAAAACUGACAAUCAGCAUCAGGAAUACGGCUGUGAUGACCAUAGGUCCCGUAGAGGCAGUGAAACUCAAAUACCACACUCGGAAUACGAACAAGAUGCGGUGAGUAGCGAAGUGCAUACAGAACACACAAUGAAAAAAAUACUUAUACACACAUAUACGCAACAACUUUUAGCAGCAUUUAGCACUGUAUUAAAGGGAAGCAUAUUAUAUACACAUUAG